AGAUGGGAAGAAAUCAGAAAUCAAGACCGAGAAAGUUAAAUCUGUCUACAAAAAGGAAAAACCGAAGAUUGGCCCAAAAACGACGAAACAGAAAAAUGCUAAGAAAAAUGGAUAAUUUUGGGAAACAGGUUUGCAGGCUGUGUCUCGAUAUUAUAAAUGAUGAACAUUUUGAAGAAAUAAAUGACGUUAUGAGGUAUAUUUUAGACGUCAUUUUAUUGAAACUGGAUCUCAAAAGUGAACAAAUAGUUUGUAAUUCUUGUUCGUUAAAAGUAAUGGAAGCAUUUAAAUUUAAGUCAAUGUGUCUGUACCCUGAUAAUACCAUAAUUCCUUAUGUCAAUGACGAAACAGGAUAUUCUGUUGAUUUAAGAGACAUUUUUGCAAAGAAAAAAGGAAAAGAAAAAUUAAUCACCACAUUAGAUCACAAAAUAUGUCGAUUAUGUACUCAGAUAAUCGAGGGAGAAUUUAUAUCGGUACAAGAAGUAGAUGUUAAUGUGAUCAACAAAUAUAUUCCAGAAAUAAACUUCAACAUAACCGAAAAUCCUACCAUUUGCAAGCAAUGCUUUGAUUCUAUCGGCACCCACAGUAAUUUUAUUAAGAAUUGCUUGAAAAUAGAGGAAAAAAUAAAAUGUUUUCCUCCUGGCUCUCUCUGGACGUCAGCACUUAAUCCGUGCGUUGAAACUAAAGAGAUCGGAAUAAAACUUGAAAAAAAUGAGUAUGAGAAUUUGAUUGCAAGUAAUUCUAUUGGAGAGAAAUCAAAGGACAAAGAUGAAACCACUAUUAAAAUUGAGUACAUUGAUAUAAAAUCAGAAUAUGAUACGUGAGAGUGGUGCAUCUAUGGAACUUUUGCCCCAUAGUUCAGCACGUGAUGACAUUUCUACAAUAAAAGAGAGCAAACCUAUACCCAAGACAUGUGUAGCAGAACUGAGUCACCCCCCAAGAAAAAAAGUACAUGAGUGUGGAAAGUCUGGUUACAAAACUGCGAGCUAGAAGUGCCUAGUAAUUCAUCAAUUGAUACACAAGGCGCUCGAGGUGCAAAUGUACAAAUGUGAUAUUUGUGAUUAUACCACCAUUCACAAAACCAAUUGCAAAAGCACUCUUACAGACCACAUGUUGACACACAAAGAGUCUUCCCAAAAGCAAAUAUUCAAGUGCAUUUAUUGCCAGUUCAAGUUUAAAUCUAAGUGGGAAAUAAUCACAUCUUCGUCCAUGAAGAAAGAUUGCUCGACCUCCAGGAAGCCACGAAGAUAAUGCAUAUGUUGAGACUCGAUAAGCCGUUAUCUAUUAAAAAGCUUACCUGCAAGAUACGCGACUUCACGAUCUUGAAUGAGUCGAAGUUUUCUGAUCACCAGUUGAGGCACAAAGGGGAGAAACGACACAGAUGUAACGAGUGUGAUUUUAGAGCAUUGAGAAAAGUUCGCUUAAGGUACACCUGUUAUCAUACAAAAAGCCGUCGGAACUACUCUUGUAUAAAUGUGAUUACGAAGCGAAACAAAAGAGCAGUCUUAUGAAACACCAAAUAUGACAUAAAAGUUACUCCGAGGUAAAGAUGCACAAGUGCCUGUACUGCGCCUAUGAAACGAUAUACAAACCCGUUCUGAAGGACCACAUCGUAUACCCAUAUGAGUAUAAGAAAUUUUGUGUGCUGCCCUCUAAAUCUUCCAUAAGGAAAUAUUUAGGCCAAAUACCUUUAGAUGUUGGAAUAAAUGAAAAGUUGUUACGUAAAUUAUCAGAACGUGUUAGUAAAAUGAUUACAAAAGAUAAAGUUUGUUGUAUUUGAUGAAAUAGCUCUGUCUGUUGGUCUAAAUUAUGACACUUGUAAAGAUCAAGUAACGGGAUAUGUCAAUCUUGGGUCCCUGGGCAGACAAAAUAAGGUAGCAAAUCAUGCUCUAGUGUUUUUGGUGCAAGGUAUUAGUAAACAUUGGAAGCAGCCUAUUGCAUAUUAUUUCACAAAAGACGUUAUAAAAACAAAGGACCUAAAAAUU